CACUUCAUAAUUGCGCAGAGAAAAUUAAAAACGUAAUAAAGACUCAGGAUCUACAGAGCCUGCACACUUAUAACCAAGUGCUGAACCAUUACAUGAAGAUUUGACCUGUGACUCCGUCCUGUUGCAUCAGCUGAGCAGGACUCAACCUUCAGCUGAGUUGUGUAACAGACAAGGUCGAUAUUCACAGAGCCUGCCAAGCCUGAGGGGAAAAAACUUAUUAUGCAUACUUAAGGUGAAAUGUUAUAAUCACGCUUUUGUUACAUCGGUUAAGUGAAUUCUCCAUUGACAUUUACGAUAAACUAUUUCUUAUCCUUCUAUUCCAGGGUCAGCGGACUUGUACGGCAUGUGCCACAGUAGCGGAAGUGCGUCACGCACCCGUGACUUGCUCUGGUAUGAAGGGAGGAGACAUGCGGUUGUCUUUGAACGUGGUUCACCCCGGCCUGUCAGUACGUCUGUGCCAGUCUACCGGCUCUUUAAAUUAGCCCCCGUUCACCGGCAGCGACCAGCUAUCUAAACCAUGAAGAUCUGGACAUCAGAGCACAUAUUCAACCAUCCUUGGGAGAUGGUGAUUAAAGCUGCUAUGCAGAAGUACCCAAACCCCAUGAACCCCAGUGUGGUUGGGGUGGAUGUUCUGGACAGAGAAAUUGACACACAAGGACGCCUCCACAGUAAAAGACUGCUCAGCACAGAGUGGGGGCUUCCAUCCAUAGUGAAAUCUCUCGUUGGUAACGCACGAACAUACACGUAUGUUCAGGAACAAUCAGUUAUUGAUCCCAAAGAGAAGACUUUUGAACUUCAGUCCUCAAAUAUCACAUUCACAAACAUGGUAUCUGUGGAUGAAAAGUUAACAUAUAAACCACACCCUGAAGAUCCAGAAAAAACAAUAUUGACCCAGGAGGCUCUCAUCUCUGUGAAAGGGGUCAGUCUCAGCAGCUACCUGGAGGGAGUUAUGGCCAGCACCAUCUCUACUAAUGCUGGAAAAGGCCGUGAAGCCGUGGAGUGGGUUAUCAGGCGACUGAAUACAGAAAUCGAGGAGCUGGCAGCCACAGCACGUGGGACCAUACGCACCCCAAUGGCUGCUGCGGUCACAGAGAAAUGACACCCUACUCUGGUGUUCAGUUGAGUCUCAGAUUGGACUGCACAGCAGUACAGCCAGCCUCCUUCUAUGAUGCUCUGGUCCUGUUUGGUGCUUUGGGGAUUUUUGUAUUAUUUAAGGGUACAAUUUAGGCAUGUUGUGUACUUUUACCAGUUAUGUUCUAAGCCGGAGACUGCUGCCUAAAGGAGGUCUGAGUGUUUUCUAGCGAUGCGGCCUGGCGGGACUGCUUUGAUAGGGCGCUGAAAAGUUGGUGGCUCACUCAGGGAGAUUUAAACACUACUGCCAUUUGUAUCUUUGAAAAAAGGUGCAAUGUGGAUGGACUGGAAACACAAGAAAUGUGCCAAUGCAGACGCUGCUUUUUGUCUUUACAAAUGCCUUCUCCAGGUGUGUUUUCAUCUGGCAGAAAUGUGUCAGAAUGCCAGCACAUCGUCUCUGGUCUGAGCUUCACGUUUACAGCAGAAGAGUCGGAAAGAAAAACAGUUCAUGGUGAGACGUAUAGGAGUGACUGUAACAAAUGCGUACACUGAGAAAUGAUGGCUGAUAUUAGCCAUGGAGGUCAAGCGCACCGAAUGUCACAAAUGCAUGCAAGCAGGUCAGAUUAAACGGUUUGGGUUAUCCACAGUGAUCACAGUAAGGUUUAUUUGUGUAAGAGAGCCACUUCAACACUGUUUUCCUAUGGGACCUCAGUUACAACAACAGACUGUAAUAGGUACGAAUGAAAGCCUGAUACUAAACUGUACUGAUGUAAUGUAAUAACUUAUGUUAUUGAGGUAUUUAAGUUGAAAUGAAGGGAUCAAAGUACUUGCCAUAUUUAUACUUUUAAAAAUGUAUAGUAGACCUUCUCAAAUGCUGCUUUAAUGUAACAUAAGCAUGAAUCUGUUUACUGUGUAGAAACAAGGGUCAGACUUCUUUUUACAUACUAAACCUGAGGUUGUUUCAACUGAAGUAGUUUUAUCAGCACGUACAUAAUCCUGUAAGCAUGAUCACUGAGUGCAGGGGCCGAAAGCUUCACACUUAUUACCAGUAAAAGCUGCUACACGUGCUAAGCGAGCAUUUUGAUAAAACUGUUUCAGUGGAUACCCUGUGUUUGAGAUAGUCUCAUAGUGGGAAUCUGUGUGGCGAUGGUAAACGCACAACUUUCUGUACAUAAGAUAUUUAUUAAUAUAUAUAUUUUUUUACCUAUGCCAGGAAUAUUUAUUUUUGAAAAAAGAACAAUUUGGCAGAGUAAACUAUGAGUUUGGUUGAUUUUUAAAGGCAAAAUCACAUGUUCACCUUGUAAUUUGUUUUCUGAAUGGGUUAUUGUGUAAAAGAUUCUCACCAAAUGCAGAAUGUGUCAAUAAAAUAUUUGAACCCGUUUUAUUUAA